GACAGAUAUGGGGGAUACGGGAGUAGCAUUACAACCAUUGGCAACGGAACAGAAUACUCGACCAGAUAGCCAUUUGACUGCCACUUUAUUAGGAAAAAGUCGUUCCAAAGAAACCCUCUUAUCAAGCUCAACUCACAAAUUAUCCAAGGACAAAAGUAAGAGUGUUGACAACACGCUGGCUCUCAAUGCCAUUGCAUCUUCAAAAUUAAAUAUUGCUACGGCAGUGGCAGCUGAAGAAGUCAACGAAUCUUCAGAGGCAAAAGAACAGCGCGAGGCACAUGAGCUUGUUGAUGAGUAUUAUCGGCGGAUUGAAAUGCUUUCACUGCCUGUUGAUAUGCUUAAAAAAGGUCUUUCGCAUAUGGGUCUAGCACCUAUUGGACACAAGUUGGUGUACCAAAAACUCUCUAUCCCGUAUGCUGGACUAAACAACAUUUCAGCACUUCGGGAAUAUCCGUACAUUCAAAAUCUUGAGCUUCAGGGAAACAAUAUUACGGACAUUACUGCUCUUGGAAGCAUGCAAUACUUGGUCCAGAUAGAUUUAUCAAGCAAUCGCCUCACAGAUGUGUUGGCAUUUGAUCCACCGCCUCAUAAUUUGCAGCAGGUGGAUUUAUCAAGAAAUCAAAUCACAACCAUUCGGGAUUUAUCACAGCAUCGAUUUUUAACGUAUCUAAAUCUAGACAGUAAUCUGAUUUGCGAUAUUACAGGACUGUCCGAUUGCAAGAAUUUACGGCAUUUAUGUAUGGCAAACAAUGGUAUUACAUGCAUUGAUGGACUGGUUCAUCUUCCAUUACGAAUGCUGGAUCUAAGAAACAAUCGAAUUACAACAUUAAAGGGUAUAGAAACAUUGCUUAAACUUGAGCAAGUACAACUCAGUAAAAAUGCAAUAGUAUCGGUAGAAGAACUCAAAGAUCAUCCCAGUCUACGGUCGUUAGAUAUUGAAAGCAACUUUAUUGCAGAUAUUGAUCAAGUUUAUAUUUUGGUCACAUUACCCCGCUUGCAUGAAGUUCGAUUGCGCAAUAACCCAUUCACGAAUUUACCUGCAGCGAUCUGGUAUCCAAAAGACCGUGUUGUGCCAAUGCACACCACCACGCAUUAUCCACCAUCUUAUCGACUGAAAACAGUGUUUUUAUUACAAAAACUAACCAUACUAGACUCAUUGCCUGUGUCCCCAGAAGAGAAGGUGGCUGCAGUGAACACGUAUGAUCCUCCACAAAAUGUAAUUGUAGCUGUUCAGCAUGCACAUAUGGAGAAAAAGCAGGCUUGGAGCUAUGCUCGAAUCAGAGGAGAAGAUCUUAUGCGCGCAAGAAGAUUACGACCAUUAGUGCUAUGUGGGCCAAAUGGAGCAGGGAAAAGAACACUUACCAGUCGACUUUUAAAAGAGUUUCCACACAUCUAUGGACUUACUGUCUCGCACACGACACGUCGACCACGACCAGGCGAAGAAAAUGGAGUGCAUUAUCAUUUCGUUAGUAGAAGCGAGAUGGAGAAACUCAACGAAAAAGGAGAGUUUAUUCAAAUUGUAGUUCUUUUUGGUAACAUGUAUGGCACGAGUAUGGAUGCGGUAGACAAGGUCACGAAAGAAGGCAAAAUAUGCAUCAUGGAUCUUGAAUUGGAGGGAUUGUUGGCACUUCGUAAAUCCAAACUAAAACCCAGAUUCAUUUAUGUAACGACACCGAGUAUGGAAGUGCUUCAAGAGAGAUUGCAAGCCAGACUAGACACACCAUCAAUGGCCAACAAGACAACAGAUCUUGAUGCAAGUAACAAUUUUGAAACACCAGAGGAACGCGAUCCAAACGAAGUCAAAGGAUGGUUAGCCAAAGCCAAACAUACACUAGCAGAUCAUGAUGCGACACUAUUUGACUUUACAGUGAUGAAUGAUGAUUUAGAACGAGCGUAUAAGGAAUUGAAAGAAUAUUGUUUAGGAAUGUAUUGGAAGGAUUUUGAAGCAGAAGAGCAAGAAUAAAGAAGAUUUAUUCUAAAAAUGAUAAUUUUAGAAUGAAUUCAAAAGUUU